AUGUCUUCUCAGCAGCAGCAGCAGUGCCCACCCCAGAAGGUUCAGCAGCAGCAGGUGAAGCAGCCCUGCCAGCCACCCCCUGUCAAAUGUCAAGACAUGUGUGCAUCCCAAACCAAGGAUCCAUGUGCUUCCCAGGCCAAGAAGCAAUGCCCACCCAAGGGCACAGCCAUGCCAGCCCAGCAGAAGUGCCCCUCAGCCCAGCAAGCCCCCAAGAGCAAACAGAAAUAAGGAUGGACUGGGGAUUACCACCUAUCCACCAUUCAUGCUACCAGAUGGAGCUCUCCUUCCUGCUCCUCUCCCUCUGCUCUCCUCUCCCACCUCCUCUUACCCAGGUCCCAAUGAAGCGUUGUGAGGAUUUCUUCCCACUGAACCCCUCAUCACCCUUUCUCCAAGGCUUCUUCUAUAUCCCACCCUAACAC